CGUUCAUGCUCAGUUUAUGCUCAUGUAUCGACGAGCACGGAUUGAUUAUCGUGGACGCUCCAUUAUUUUGUAUUUUCGUGAUGUGACAUUUCUCUGGUGAAAUAAAAAUUAAUCAAAAUGCAGCCGACUGUAUUAACAGUGAUAUGCCUUUGGACUAUGUCGAUGCUCUCUCUGACCACCGGGAGAAUUCAUGAACUCAAGAUACGGAAAGAUGUACGGCGAAACUUCGCCCUUAGCACUUUCGGCUUUAUCAAAGGCGGCACUCUCGAUGUAAACCUAACGAAUUUCAGAGCUGAACCUUACGACGAGAAUGCCGUGUUCGGAUUCAGUUUGGAUCGAACGUUAAGCCAAGCGAUGAAUCCGUAUUUAGAUAGCCAUCAAGAGAGAUGCACUCUUCAAGACAUUUCGAGCGUCAAACCCGAUUACGAACAGAGGAACGACAUCGCAGUCAUAUAUUUCACAAUGGACUUGAAAAAUAAUUUAUUGAAAGUAAAUUGUAGUCAAACCGUUCAUGCCGUGCAUGUUUAUAAAGACUCCAGUAGGCUAUCGGUAUAUCGGGAGAAGAGAGACUCCUUCCAAUUCAGCGACGAUGUCCUUUUCCCCCGAAGAAAACGUUAUUCGCACGGUAACAAAAGAGCCGCCGUCGAAGACGAGUCCGCGCCCAGAUCGGAGAACAACAUAUGCUCUCGUCUUCAGCUACCGAUCUCCGUACGAGUCAUCAAUGGGGAACGGUACUACAACACGACUUUUGCUAUGUACGUCGCCACGGACGAAGAGGAGGGACUCUACAAUCUUUUCUUCCACAAUUGUCCAAACUAUAAAUACGACACUCAAGUUGCAGUGGAUUUCAAGGUAAAAAUAUAUGAAAUAAAUAACGGGAACUUCUUAAGCGCGGGCGAAAUGCCCCUGCCGGCUCUUUAUUUUAUGAUGGCACUUUUGUUCUUCCUGUCGGGUUGUUUCUGGGUAUACAUCCUGAAGAACAGCAAGCACCCAGUUUUCAAAAUUCAUUACUUGAUGGCAGUUUUGGUAUACUUGAAAUCGAUGUCGCUGCUCUUUCACGGGAUUAACUAUCAUUUCAUUCAAACGAAGGGAGAACACGUCGCCGCUUGGGCGAUUCUGUACUACAUCACUCAUUUGUUGAAAGGAGCCGUACUGUUCAUCACGAUCAUGCUGAUCGGUACUGGGUGGACGUUCAUUAAACACAUUUUAGCCGAUAAAGAUAAGAAACUGUUUAUGAUCGCGAUACCAUUACAAAUAUUGGCGAACGUGGCGGAAAUAAUAAUUGAGGAGAGCGAGGAGGGAGACAUCGAGUACAAAACGUGGCGGGACGUUUUCAUCCUCGUCGAUCUGCUCUGUUGCGGCGCGAUCAUAUUCCCAGUGGGCUGGAGCAUCAAACACGUGGAGGAGGCCGCCCACACGGAUGGCAAGGCGGCCGUCAACUUGCGCAAGCUUAAGCUCUUCAAGCAUUUCUACAUCAUGAUAUUUUGUUAUAUUUACUUCACACGAAGCAUCGUGUACUUACUCAAGAUUUGGGUACCUUUUCAAUACGAAUGGCUGGACGAGAUGUUCCGCGAGAUGUCUACUUACGUAUUCUUCGUUCUCACCGGUUACAAGUUCCGAGCGGCAUCGGCGAAUCCCUAUUUCACGUUGAACAACGAGGAUAUGGCGCACGACGAUGACGACGAUGAGAUGGACGUUGUUUUAUAUUCUAGCGUUUCCGGGGACACUGGUCUCACCGAGGGUCUUAGCAAAGUCAGCAAACUGCCGAAGGUCUUGAGGCCCACGACAACGGACAUCCCGUCUACUCAGGAGGAGCGGGAUUGCUUGUUCAAUAAAACAGAGACUUCCCGCGAGUACGAUUGAAAUCUUAAUCGGUCUCGGCGCGGUCGAAAGUAAAAAAGACUCGUAUCUCGUCUUGUGAUACUAUUCCGAAACACUAAGCAGAACAACGUGUUUGAAAAGUACCGAGAAAAGAUGGAAUCCAUAGUUAAAAGUAGCAUUAACCUCGCCCGUUUUUUGUAUAUUUUUACGUAGCAGAAAAAACCUCAAUUGUAGUUUUUAGACGUACAUUUUUUGUCUCGGUUCUCGUUCAUUCUACUCCAUGCACGAGCGAUUUAUCUAUUCCCCCUCAAAAUUGAACGUAUAAUCUAUCAGUAGGAAAUUAUCGUAGACGUCCAACGAAAUUGUUCUAGACGCGGUUUUCAUGUUUUCAGUACGCGGUCAUAAAUUUAGAACAAUGUUUGGAUUGGCGAGGCCCAAUCCGUGUCUCGAUAUCGAUCUUGCUAUGUAGCAGAUUUCUCUUAGGCAUUUAGCUUGGAACGAAGGAACCAAUUUCCAAUUUGCGUCUCUCUUUCUCUCUGUUUUUCUUUCUCUCUCUCUCUCUUAGUUCUCUUUGCGUGCGGAGUAAGAGCUCGCUGUUUAGUGAUCUUGUGAUAUAUAAUCGAUACGCCCGACUUCUGGUGUAUCGCAAUCCAUUUUUGUAAAGCACUUGAUAAAACGACUUUUAUAUAACGAACAAUUACUGUGUCAAGAGGAAUGUAAUAUGUUUGAAAUGCGUUUAAAUGUGUCCCGUUACGAAAAUACCAUGCUCGUUAUUACUAUUAUCUCUAUCGUAUACGCGUUACCGUAAUCAUUGUUACGUCUGUUAUUAUUAGUACUCUAUUGUAUGUAAUACGAAGGGACACGCAGAAACCAGUUGGAUAAAUAAAGUGGAUAUUUUUAUGAAA